GCGGCGUUCGGCCCUCCAUGUGACGGGUGCGGCCCAGGCAAUCGAGCGCGCUGCCGAGAGAGCGGGCCUCCGCACCGCCGGCGGGAGAGUUCACAAUGACGAAUGAAGAACCUCUCCCAAAGAAGGUUCGUCUUAGUGAAGCAGAUUUUAAAGUUUUGCCUAGAGAUGAACUUAUCCUAAGGUGGAAACAGUAUGAAGCGUACGUGCAAGCUUUGGAGGGCAAGUACACAGACCUUAAUUCUAAUGAUGUGACGGGAUUGAGAGAAUCUGAAGAGAAACUGAAACAACAACAGCAAGAAUCUGCCCGAAGAGAAAAUAUUCUGGUCAUGAGGCUGGCAACUAAAGAACAGGAGAUGCAAGAGUGUACUUGGGCAUCAAUGAGAAGAGCCUGGCUUCGCCUUCUUUACUCCCCCCACCAGAAUCAGAUUCAGUACCUCAAGCAAGUCCAGCAGCCUAGUGUUGCCCAACUGCGAUCAACAAUGGUGGACCCAGCCAUCAACUUGUUUUUCCUAAAAAUGAAAGGUGAACUGGAACAGACUAAAGACAAACUGGAACAAGCCCAAAAUGAACUGAGUGCCUGGAAAUUUACGCCUGAUAGCCAAACAGGCAAAAAGUUAAUGGCGAAGUGUCGAAUGCUUAUCCAGGAGAAUCAAGAGCUUGGAAGGCAGCUGUCCCAAGGACGUAUUGCACAGCUUGAGGCAGAGUUGGCUUUACAGAAGAAAUAUAGUGAGGAACUUAAAAGCAGUCAGGAUGAAUUGAAUGACUUCAUCAUCCAGCUUGAUGAGGAGGUAGAGGGUAUGCAGAGUACCAUUCUAGUGCUUCAGCAGCAGUUGAAGGAGACUCGCCAGCAGUUGGCGCAGUACCAGCAGCAGCAGUCCCAGGUCUCCAACCCAGGUACCAGCAGGACUCCAUCUUCUGAGCCUACAGACCAGGGAGAGGCUGUGGGUAAAGACUGCAGCCGUCUGGCUAACGGACCAAGCAAUGGUAGCUCCUCCCAUCAGCGGACGUCUGGGCCUGGAUUUUAUAGGGAGGGUAGCAGCACAGAAGAUGACUUCCCGGCUUCUCCAGGGAAUGGUAAUAAGCUGUCCAACCACUCUGAAGAUAGAACUGGUAGAGGAGGUGGUAGCUACAUAAACCAACUCAGUACUGGGUAUGAAAGUGUAGACUCUCCCACUGGCAGUGAAAACUCUCUCACUCACCAUUCAAAUGACACAGACUCCAAUCAUGAUCCUCAAGAGGAGAAAACAGUAAGCAUGAAAGGUAACAGAACUGCGGGUUCUCGGCAUGUCCAGAAUGGUUUGGACUCCAAUGUAAAUGUGCAGGGUUCAGUUUUGUAACAUUUUUCUGCAGCAUUUUUAUACAGUGUCAUUUAAAUUGGGAGAGGAUACUGUUCAGAAGCUGUUAUUAAAUUAGUGCAUACUUGUCACAAUUUUUGCCUUUUUGUGGAUUUCUUUUUGCUUCAAUACCUCUGCCACUUUGGGAAUUUUAACAGUUAAUUACGUUGAAUGUUGCUAAAAGGACAUUUGUGUAGCUCAAGUUAUUUUUAUAUGAGUUAAUGUGAAGUUGAAAUGGAAAUUCUUUCCAUAAAGUAUAACAUAAAUGAUGUCUGUACAAAUCUGUGUAUAUCUAGAACCUGUGCUGUGUAAGGGCAUUCUUACUCAUACUGUUAUACUUAACACCACCUUUGAGAUUUGUCAUAAUAUCUGUGGGUUUAUGACUGCCAAGUUUGCCCAGUACAGUAGUUUUAUCACUAAAAGAUGGACUUGCUGAAGGAGUCCUUUAGUAGUUUCAGUGUUAAUUACAGUUUUUCCCACCAUACAUCUGUGCAUUUUCUCCUUAGGUGACCGAAUGUUUAUGAAUUGUGUGCAUAGUUACUCAGUUUUUAAGAACUGUUGUAUCCUGUUUAUGCAUAUUGCUCUGUGACUCCAAUAUUAUCUUACCUGUACUGACCAAACCUAAAUAAAAACUUUUAAUAAUGUAA